CUAAGCCCCAGCCCCGACUGCCCUUGCACGCUCGGCUUCUGCGGCACCUGCUGGACAUGAGCGUCGGAGCGCGUUCCCGCGCCCCCAGCCCCUGGCUGGGCGCCGGGCUGCUGCUCCUGGGGCUGCUGCUCCUGCCAGCAAGGGUCGCCCUCCGCACAGUGGACCUGGAAGGAGGAGAUGAGGACCUGCGCUGCGUGUGUAUGAAGACCACCUCCCUAGUCCGUCCCAGGCACAUCAGUAGCCUGGAAGUGAUCGGUGUCUCAGGCCACUGCCCCACCCCCCAGAUGAUAGCUUCGCUGAAGGAUGGGAGGAAAAUAUGCCUGAACCCGAAUGCCCCCCUGUACAAGAAAAUAAUCAGAAAGCUUUUGAAGAGCUAGCUACUUAGCUGCCUGACUCUGUACCCUUUCGACAGAGCAUGUUUUUUGUUUUUGUUUUUUCAUUUGCAACCUAA